AUGCAGCAACCAUUGCAAGGCCACACACAGCUGCAGAUGCAGGCCCAGUCGCACUAUGUCAGUAUACAGCAGAAACGGAACUCUUAUUCCAUGCUCGACUUCUUUGAUCGGUUUGUCAGGGCUGCAGAUGGCACUAAGAACACUUCACUGCCCACUCCCAUUUCUCGCCAAUUUAUUCGCUCAAAAGCGGUUGCUCUCCUCAAGACUGCCAGGAUUCCUCCAUCUGAAGUGACCAUCUUUGAAGACAAUUACGGCGGAACUAUUUCUAUUUCACAAGGUGCUAUCAGUGCUAUUCAUAACUUUGUCAAAUUCAGACACUAUUCUCGCUGUGCAACCAAUAUCCAGCGAGUGUGGCGUGGCUAUACAACCCGUAGGCAAUUGACAUCCAAUUCGCAUUACCAGUCCGGUUUAAAGAGCGUUCCGGCAAAUAAUCAGUAUUACCAGCAGCAACAAUACCAGCAUCAUCAAAAAAAACCUCCAUCCACAUCAUCUUUGUCUACUAAAUCUUCAAUCAGCGUGGCCACCCAUUCAUCUCUGCCAACUAUUAAUGAGCAUGCUGUAAGUGAAUCGGUUUCUACAGCAACUUCUGCUCAAGUCUCUGGUCAAGAAAAUUUUAAAAUGCUCCAGCUUGUUGAAAAAAUAUCCACCAGUUACCACGAGAUUGCCAAUGCCAGCAAAAAACCCGAGCCCACACAGCAAGAAAUUGUAUUUAUGUCGCUGUUAAACUCGAAUGAAACAUUCGAAGUAUCUGACCGCAUUCUCAGUGAACUAUCCAUUGAAGACAAGCGUGCAUUUCCAAUGCCGGCCAAUCAAAAUGCGCAGAACACACUGUUCAUGUAUCGAGAGUAUUCACCCAAGGUGGUUGAAUGGGUAUGCAAUGUUUUGGACAUGAGUAUUGAUUUCUCAACAGACCUCAUCUCUAUUUUGCGUAGUGGAGAUAUAUUUUGUCGUUUAGCAUGCGCUCUUUAUCCUCGAGUAGAGUGCCAGUUGCUAGCAAUGGGACCGCGUUUUGCUAUUCACAAAAUCAUUUUUUUCUUGGAGUUGUGUAAAUCGUUGCAUAUCAAGCGUGCACUUUUGUUUACAGUGUCCAAUUUGCUGGUUUUUCCUGAGCAAGACAGGGAAAAAAAGGCUGCUCUGAUUGUUCUUCGCACUAUUCUUGCCCUGGAAAAGCAUGCUCGUAAUUCUGGAUGGGAUGGUCCUGUACUAAGUUUAAAAAAUCUCGGAAGUGACGAACAGACUAGCUCAUCUUAUGAGGGCUUUGACAACAGCUAUGAGAUGCCGUUUUCCGCUGCUCAGGAUACUAAUCAUCAUAUUAAUAUGCAGCCCUUGGUGGAAUCUAACUCUUUAAAAAAUCGUGAUACCAGUAGUCCAGACAAAGAUUAUCCACCUCUUGCACCUUUUCAGGAAGAUUUACAGAAUAACAAUAAUGCAUUAAUACCAAGCAUUGCUCAGCCAUUAAGUUCUGGUGAAAUUAGUACUCAGCGUGCAUCACCAGUUUUAACAGAUCGUUCUUCUCAAUGGGGUUCUUCACGACAUGUCAACUCCUAUGUACAACCAUAUACUAGUCCUAAACUUGGUGAAAACUUGAGACGAUUUUCUAAUGUUUCUGCAAACCAAUAUUCAAACAGCUCAUAUCCUACAUCUGACUCGGAAGCUGAUGCAUCUGCGAGUCUUCCACGCUCUAUUGGUGGGGACUCUCCCACUGAUAGGUUGGUGCCAGUAUCUCAAAGCUCGGCUUUACCUGUUUCAGGAAGCUAUUCGACCAAUCAUUUAAUUUCAACUCCACCUCCAACACGCAAUUUACCCUCACCUGGUCCUUCACGAUCAUCUGAAGACCCAGCCACCAGCACAUUUAUGAGAGAAGUAAAUGCUUCAUCUCGGUCAUCUCCUUCAGAAUUAAAGCAAAAAGUCUUGGCUUUGGGACAAUCUUUUUCCACAUCAAAUGGUUCCAAUUUUGAGGAUUCCAGAUCUAUCUUGAAUGAUUCACUUGAUGCCAAACUUGCUAGUCGAAACCGAGCAAUUUCUAUAUUUAUUGAAGACGAGAUCAAGUUCUCCACCAAUUUGUCACAUAUAGUUCAAUACCUUGAUUAUCUGGUCAAAAAGCGAUGUCGUCGUAGCAACCGCUUGAGUAAAGCCAUUGAGGAUAAAGUGUUCAAGGAAAAAGAGUCUAUUUCAAAAGCCGAAACAUCUUUAUACCCUGAAAACCAAAAGCGAUCUGCUGGCGAAUCGAAUAUUGCUUAUAUUGUACGACUUGAAUCAGAAAUUGAGGGGCUUACUAUUUUGCAGUCUAUGGCUCGCAACAUUCUGACCAUCCACUCUGAUUUCAUUACAGAAAUCAAUUCUGCAGUUCAACUCGAUGGUGCACCUGGCAGUUCAAAAACCACCAAAAUUGGUGAUAUUUUUUUAAAGUUUUCCGAAAAGAUCCGCCGUCCGUAUGCAUGUUUCUCUGUUGUUGCUCUGGGUCCAAACAAAACUAGACCAGAUAUAGGAGAGUAUAGUGAUGUGGAGCACAAUGCUUUUAUACAGAUUGUUGUUCAAAACUUUAUAUUUCUAUCAUCGGAUGCUCUUACUAAAGGCGAUACCUGGAAAUGGUUUAUUAGUCGCCCAUUACUUCGUGUUGCAACAUAUGCGUCGUUUUUAAACUGCAUAUGUGACUCGGAGUGCUCUAUUCAAGCCAUUGAUAUAGACAAUCGUAAAGUCAAGCUGGCUGGAAUUAGAUUGAAUUGUCUUGCUAAAAUCAUCUCUGGAGGACUGUCGAUUUGAUGCAAUUCCUAAUACUGAAUGUGAUUCACUUGAUAUUAUUAAACGGCAAAUAAAAUAGACUUUUCAGCAUUG